CUAGUGGGGCACCAGUCAGGUAUGAUAAGUGUGGAUAAAGCAGGUUAUUUGGCCCGUCGUGGUGAAUUUAUUAAAAAUUAAUCACAAUGGUUUCCAAUGGGAACCACGUGGAGACCGACAUGAUAGGGUAUAUUGCUAGUAAUGGACCUGUUAGAUUUUAUUACUAACAGUCCCUUUCCCCCACUUAUAUAAUGUUUUUUGUUUUUUGAUGAGUGAAAAUGAAAAUGAAAUGGUAACUCCGCCUGCGCUAACGGGAUACGCUGGCGGGGCACCAGUGAAGGGUGAUAGAUGAGAAUGAAAACAGGCCAGUUAGCCCAUCAUGAUGAAUUCAUCAGGAAUUAACCAUGAUAGUUUCCAGGGGGAACCGCGAGGAGGUCGACCUGGUUGGGUAUAUUGCUAGCAAUGGGAUUCUCAGUCUUCAUCACUAACAAUCCCUUUCCCCCCACUUAUAUUAUGUUGUUUAUAACGUAAAAUAGGUAAAUAAGUGAUUUAGUAAGUAUUUCUCUAAACCUAUCUUUUAUCUGGCCAUGUGAUUUCGGUAUAGAAUAGGCUACUAUUUCUUUUGGCGUGGAUGUCGUAAGAGGCGACUGUAGGAUGGCGAGGAACGAGUAGCAGUGUCCCUCUUAAAAUAUCUCUGAAGCCUAACUGCGAUUGUCAACGCACCUACCAAGCGUGGCAACUACUAGCAGAAUCAUCCACGGGGAGAUUUAUGUUCUGCAGUAGACAGUUAAAGGUUGAUAUGGAGAUGAUGUUGAUGGAGGUACCUACUAUUUUUUACCACUGUGAUAUGGGAUUGAAAUUUUAAUUUUAGAGAUAGAUUUGUAAAAGUGGCGCCUCAGAAUCGACUUUAUUGUUUCAGCAAUGCCUACCAUAUAAACUUACCAUUAUCAUAGACGGGUGCAAACUAAUAAAUGAUAAUAUAAUUUUUAUUCUAUUAAAAGCCUAUUUAUUAAUUUCUUGAUUGAAACGAGACUACGCGGCAACCCAGACUCAGCUGAUCUAUACUAAAAAAAAAUGUAAACAUGUUGAGACGUGUUCGGGUACACUUUAAUACAGUGUAUACCUCAACUCUCGAGUUAAUGGAAAGAAGGUUGAUCUUGCCACGCUCUUGUUCGUUUUCAACAAAACAAAAAAGGAAAAGAGUGGUAUAGUGAGUCAUAAUAAUUCACAAUCCUACUUACUGGAUAGUGUAGUGCUCGUGCCUGUGGUGUCUGUGAUUUUCAUAAUUUACAAGUUAAAAUACCAAAUUCAAAAUGUUUCGAUUUUUGUUACUCUUCCUGCUGUAUCGAUUUAGCCAGAGUGUAGAACUAGCUGCUUGUGAUGAAGAUUCACACUGUCCUAGUAAUUUUUAUUGCGAACGGGAUGCAUUUAACUGCCGCCAAUGCCUUCGAUGUGAUACGUUUAAUCGAUCAUUACCACCGUCAUCUAUAGAAUGUGUAAGGUCAAUUGUUCAAUGUGGUCCUUGUCUUCAAGGUUUUGGCUACGCUCAACAUGGAUUAGAGAAAAAAUGUGUAAUACGCGGUGCGUCAGAAAGAAAGUUUUUACCGAUUUAUGUUUGGAUUAUUUUGACAAUAUGCGUUGCUGCUUUAUUAUGUAUUGUUUCACUUCUAUAUAAAACACGUGUACUGAGCAAAAUAGUGUAUUCUAUAAUGUGUACGGCUACGGAGCAACCACAGAGACACACAUAUGAGCAUGCACCAAGAAACGAUCCUUUAUUUGCUAGUGCACCUCAGUAUUCAGAUAUCACUCCUACGGAUUCCCGGAUUCCCAGUUCACGUCAAGAUCAGCAAAUGACAUCGGUCCCCAAAAUGCAUCGUCCACCUUUAUAUAAUACUUACUGUCCACGCUUGGAAAAUGAACCCCUAAUUCUAGACCACAACACACCAGAAGAACCGAUUAACUCCAAACCAAUAAUACCCACCUGUCCAAGAAAUGCCUAUGAAUCUGUGGAUCAUCAUUCUGCGGUCGUUUUCAACAAAGCAAUUUACGAUUCGGAAGAUGUUUUCCCUCCUAUACCAACAACAGAAGUAUGGGAAGACACAGAACCAACUCAGAUCGAUGGAAACGUAGAAGUUAUCGCUGCUGUUGAUAUGGAGAGUAAUGACGCUAACCAACUUGCGGUGUUGGCGCAGAACUCCAACUCACCGAUUACAUUAAACAUUCCAUCGAACGUAUCCAGUAUUCUCCACGUGAACACAUCCACGACGACUGUAUCAAACCCAAGCGUACCAACAUCAUCCGCCACACCUAUGGACACAGAAGUCUCAUGCAGCAACAGUACGAUAGUUAAUCAAAUGACCUGUACAUUUUCAACCGCUCAUGUCGACCAAGGUAGUUUAUCCACAAUCACGGUUCAGAACACGAACAUAGUACAGGUGCAAAAUACUUCUGGUCAUAAUUAG